UUUCUCAUGUCCGAAAUGCAACCCAUUGGUCAAAAGCUCAAUGUAAUAACGACCGGGCGGGUAAUAUUGGCAUGCAAUUCGGUCUUAUGGACAAUGAAGAUGUUAGACUACAUGAGUGUCCAUCCACGCUUGGGACCCUAUAUCACUAUGGCUGGGAAGAUGAUUCUAAAUAUGACUUACAUCGUGGUUAUGCUGGUGGUAUCGCUAUUAGCAUUCGGUCUUGCUCGACAAUCCAUAACGUAUCCCAACGAAGAUUUUCAUUGGCUUCUGGUACGCAACAUCUUUUACAAGCCAUACUUCAUGCUGUAUGGAGAAGUAUAUGCCGAUGAAAUUGAUACUUGUGGGGAUGAAGCUUGGGAUACCCAUCUGGAGCAGGGUGUGCCCAUAACGAACAGUACUUCUGGUGCCACCUGUGUGCCUGGAUAUUGGAUUCCACCAGUAUUGAUGACAUUCUUCUUGUUGGUAGCGAAUAUCUUGCUGAUGAGCAUGCUCAUUGCGAUAUUUAACCACAUAUUCGACCAAACCGAUGAAAUAGCGCAGCAGAUUUGGCUUUUCCAGCGAUAUCGCCAGGUUAUGGAAUAUGAGAGUACACCUUUCAUACCACCUCCAUUCACUCCAAUUUCGCAUGCUAUCCUGGUUCUGCGGUAUGUGAAGUGGAAACUGUGUACUGCUCGACAUGAAGUGGAUCCGGAUGGAAAUCGCCAGAGGAAAAUGUUUGACUUCAGUUUGAGUAAGUUCACCAAGCAUAAUUCGAUUUCUCCUUUCUAA